AUGAGAUGCGCAGUUGCAUUAGUAGCCAGUAGGGUGGAGGGGGAGGAUUGCCCACUGGGGCAAUUCCCAUGUGGGAACCUAAGUGUGUGCCUGCCCCAAGUGCUCCACUGCAAUGGGCAUGAGGACUGCCAGAAUGGUGCUGAUGAAGAUAACUGCGGGGACAAUAGUGGCUGGGCAGACUUCUUUGACCGAACAAUCAAGAGGACAACUCUACAGGAGCUCCCCAAUGCAUGCUUCCUUCAGCACUACCCAGAGCUCUGUGAGUGUACAGAAACUGAACUGCAGUGUGUGCAGGUGAACCUGAACGCUGUGCCGCUAGUGUCAGCUAAUGUAACUCUGCUGUCCCUCAGGAGUAACAGCAUUCAGAAACUACCCGAGGAUGCCUUCUCUAAAUAUACAGAGCUGCAGAGACUGUUUCUCCAGAAUAACAGCAUUCACACCAUUUCCAGCCAUGCCUUCAGUGGAUUAUACAAACUGCAAAAAUUGUCUCUUAGUCAGAACCGCAUCACUUCAUUAAAGCCUGGCGUGUUCAGUGAUCUUCGCAAAUUACAUUGGCUGAUUCUGGAUGAUAACCCACUGAAGAGAAUCUCCCCAGACACUUUCAUUGGACUCAAAGUCUUAUUUUUCUUGUCCAUGGUGAACACCUCCCUGGAGCAGCUGCCUCAGGCUAGCCUCUGCUCCCACAUGCCCUCCCUUAGCUGGCUAGACUUUGAGGGUAACCAUGUUGACACACUGAACUUCUCCACGUUUCUGGCGUGCGACGAGCUGACCGUGCUGUCACUGCGUGACAAUAAAAUCAAACAACUUCCAGAAAACACUUUCCAAUCACUGCAUUUACUGGGAGAGCUUGACUUGUCAAGCAAUGGGAUUACGGAGUUGCCAUAUGGUAUCUUCAAGGGUUUGAAGUCUCUGCAGAUUCUAAACAUAUCCCACAAUCCCCUGCUUCAUAUCCACGUUGGUCAGUUCGAUCCUCUGAUCCAGCUCCAGUCCCUAGGCCUGGAGGGCAUUGAGAUCCCAGGCAUCCAGACGCGAAUGUUCCGGCCAAUGGAAAAUCUGUCACACAUAUACUUUAAGAAGUUUCAAUACUGCUCUUACGCCCCACACGUGCGGAAGUGCAAGCCCAACUCAGACGGGAUCUCGUCUUUUGAGGACCUGCUGGCCAAUGUCAUCCUGCGGGUGUCAGUCUGGGUGAUGGCUGUCAUCACCUGCUUUGGGAAUCUCUUUGUCAUCGGCAUGCGCUCUGUCAUCCGGGCGGAGAACAACCUGCACGCCGUUUGCAUCAAAGUCCUGUGUUGUGCAGACUGCCUGAUGGGGGUGUACCUGUUCUUCUUGGGGGUGUUUGACUUGAAGUUCCGGGGGGAGUACAACAGGAAUGCGCAGAACUGGAUGGAGAGCACAGAGUGCCGCACCAUAGGCUUCUUAGCCAUGCUGUCCUCGGAGGUGUCUGUCCUGCUGCUAACCUACCUGACCCUGGAGAAGUUUCUGGUCAUUGUGUUCCCCUUCAGCCGCCUACGGCCAGGGAAAAGGCAGACCGCCACCAUGCUGGCGUCCAUCUGGCUGCUGGGACUCGCCAUCGCCGCCGUGCCCCUUCUCAGCGAACGCCUGUUCGGGAACUACUACGGCCGCAACGGGGUCUGCUUCCCCCUGCACUCGGACCAGCAGGAGAAACUCACUGCCAAGGCGUACUCCACUGGGAUAUUCCUUGGACUCAACCUGCUGGCCUUCCUGAUUAUCGUCUUCUCCUACUCCAGUAUGUUCUACUCUAUCUACAAGACAGGCAUCAAUGCCACCGACCUGCGCAGCCGGCUGCACAGGGACGUGGCAGUAGCAAACCGAUUCUUCUUCAUUGUGUUCUCUGACGCCCUCUGCUGGAUCCCCAUAUUCCUGGUGAAGAUCCUCUCACUGCAGGAGGUGGAGAUACCAGGGACCAUCACAUCGUGGGUGGUGAUCUUCGUCCUGCCCAUCAACAGCGCCCUCAACCCCAUUCUCUACACGCUCACCACCAGCUUCUUUCGGGAGCAGGUGGAGCUACUGCUGUGUCGCUGGCAGAGACGCUCCACCCUCACGAAGGACAACAAGAGCCUGACCAGCUCGGCAAUCUACAUGGAGGCUUCUCGCCAGGCCUACUACCACCAGCAGCCUUGCCUGCCCAGGAUAUCCAUCGUCGACAUGGAUGCCAAGUAUGGAUGA